AUGAUUCUGACGCGAUAUAUCCUGGGCGCCUUGGCCACCGCGUCGGUAGCGUACUCGGCGAAGAAACGCGAUCCGGUAUGCAUCAUCGGCGCCGGCCCAGCUGGGCUCGCCGCCGCGACCGCCCUCGAGCAAAAGGGUAGGGAGGUGGUGAUUUUCGAAAAGCAGGCAAAGGUGGGAGGAAAGAGCCAGGCCGUCUACAAAGAUGGCCUCUUUCAGCCGCUCGGCGCCGUUCUUUUCGAAAAAGCAGCCUACGUCGAGACGAUGAAGAUUAUCGAGCAGACCGGAGUUCCUUACAGCGACCUGAGCAUUGGCGAGCGUUGGUACUUUGACUGGAAAACGGGCGCUGCUACUCUAGCGCCGCCCGUGUCCCAAGAUCUGGCGACGGCGCUGGGCCUCGAGUUUCAACGAUAUGCUGCGUAUUGGGGGACCAUCCACCUUCCCAUGACCAGCGUCGGCUACAAGGAUGGAAUUCCGCCCGAGCUCGCGGUCACCGGAGCUCAGUGGCUCGCGCAGAAUGGCUACCAGGUGCUGGGGCUGGCCAUGAUUGAUGCGUUUGUGACGUACGGAUAUGGCGACUACCGAGAGAUACCCGCGCUCUACAUGCUCGAGUUCUACACUCCCAGCAUCUUGGCUUACAUGAUGGGUCUUACCCCGGGAUACAAGAUCGAUUUCCACAAACUAUUGGUCGAGUAUUCGAAGUCGGUCAAGGGUCCAAUCAACCUCGGAGCCGAUAUUAAGUUGAUAUCUCGAUGGGGUGCCCCGCUCACGAAUCCGUUCACGCCCGUCACGCCCGAGGGCCAGCCAAUUUUCUUCUCGGCCCUGCACCAGGGCUCGGGGGUUGUUAAUGUCUGGUCGUGGGACAAGACCGGAGCAAAGUCCAACCCGGACAAGGCGCGAAAGCUUCUGAAGGAGACCUUGAGCAAGUUCAAUAAAGAUCCUAGGAACAGUGCGCAGCAGGCGAAGGCCGUGACGGAUAAGAAUAUCAUCGGCUUCAAUGCCGUGGUGGAUUACUUCCCUCACGUUGGCCCGGCGGAGAUCGCCCAGGGUUGGUAUGACCGGUUCAACGCCUUGAAUGGCGAAGAUCACACAGUUUACGCUUCUGGUUUGAACGCUUUUGAAACAGUUGAGCAUGCACUCCGGGCAGGAGAGAUGUGGUGGACUCUUACUUGUAAUCGGAUAGCCGUUUAG